UGUGGCUCCUCCAGCCCGGUGAACCGGUGCCCAGGGACUGCCGCCGGGCCCGAGGGAGCCUGCCCUCCCUUAACUCCAAGCCCCGAUUUGCAGUGAUCCCGGAGCGCCAUCCCUCCCUGUGUGAGCAGUGCAGGUGUCCACGCGGGUCCACCGAGGCCCCUCCAGUGGUGCACGGGCCGGGCCUGGCCAGGCAGCCAUGGCUGACGAGAAGACCUUCCGCAUCGGCUUCAUCGUGCUGGGGCUCUUCCUGCUGGCCCUCGGCACGUUCCUCAUGAGCCACGACCGACCCCAGGUCUAUGGCACCUUCUACGCCAUGGGCAGCAUCAUGGUGAUAGGGGGCGUCAUCUGGAGCAUGUGCCAGUGCUACCCCAAGAUCGCCUUUGUGCCUGCGGACGCCGACCUGCAAGGCAUCCUGUCCCCAAAGGCGCCGGGCCUGGUGGGGAACGGGCUCGCCGCGGAACUGAAGAGUGCCCAGCCCCCCUACACCCGGCUGUGGGAGGAAGCCGCCUACGACCAGAGCCUGCCUGACUUCAGCCACAUCCAGAUGAAGGUCAUGGGCUGCAGUGAAGACCCCCACCCCCUGCUGGCCCCCAAGCAGGGACAGCCACAGCUGGGGGCCAGUGAUGCAGGAGAAGGUGGCGCUCGUGACACUCAGGCCUGGAUGGAUGCCGCCGUGGUCAUCCACAGGGGCUCGGAUGAGGAUGGGGGAGAAAGAAGCCCAACUCAGAGCAGGCCCGGCCCCCCGGCCUGUCCGCAGGGCUCUGCACCCUUGGCUUCCUUCCCAGAUGACCUGGACAUGGGCUCCAGUGAGGGUGGCAGCUCCCGCCCAUCUCCACCUGAGGGGGAGCAGCCGCCGGCCUGCAGGUGCCGGCUGGACCCCUUCCACGACUUUGCCCUCAUCGACGCCCCCACGUCGGAGGACAGGCUGCCAGAGGGGCAGCGGCAGGAGGCAGCCCUGUCCAGCUCCUGGCAGCGGUCCCUGAGGACAGAGGAGGAGGAGGAAGAGGAGGCUUCGGACACAGGUGCAGAGGAGCCAGAGCGGGAAGAGGAAGAUUUGUACUAUGGGCUGCCCGACGGCCCCGGGGACCCCCUCCCAGAUAAGGAAGUGGGCUUUGAGCCCGACGCCCAGGGCUGAGAUGGAACUGCUCCCUGGUUCUAGCCUGGCACCCUGCUAACCUCAGUGUGACCUCACGGGGCCUCAAUUUCCCUGUCUGUAAAGUGGGGUGACGCGGAGGUUCAGAGGAGAUGAUGGACCCAAGAGCAUUUUGAGAACUGCACAGGGAGGGGCUGAUGACUGUCCAUGGACCGUGCUGUUCCAACUGUUCACAUGCUUUGCUAAAGCUUUGAAGGUAAAAUAA